AUGCCUCGCCCCAAAGUCCACCCCUCGCAGCGUCAACGCGCCUCGGAGGCCUGCAAUGCCUGUCGCGAGGCAAAGAAGCGCUGCUCCGGCACGACACCCUGCACGCACUGUCUGCGUCGGGGCAUGGGGUCGUCCUGCGUGCUCACCCACCGUCCGCGUGGUCAUCGCUCGUCCAUGCCGGAGCCGCGCUCCAAUUCCAUCGGCCACGGCAGCCGUGACCUCAUAUCGAUACCGACAGCAGCAACUGGCGCGGUGCGACCCAAUAUUUCGGCGGAGAGGUCGUCCCUGCAGAGUCCCAUGACCACACUGCUCGGUGGAGGAGAGGAGGGUGCGACGCCCGCGGCUGUGUUCGAGCCGAUAUCACCGUCCGACUCGCGAACAACGACGGACGUGGACGGCUCACUGGCGGGACAAAGUGCCUCUGGGUUGUCUCACGUCAGCGAGGGGCCACAGACGGGUCUAGAGGCGACCAAGCCCGCAUCGCGCAUGUUGCUCAACCUCAAGGGCGAGAGGGUGUACAUUGGCGGCGGGGGCUCGCUCUCCUUCCUGCAGCUGGUGAGGGGGAUUGUGUCGGAUCAGAUUGGCCCCUCGCAGUUCUCGAGGCAGGGGAACAGCGACACCAUGCUGGAGAAGGAGAGCCCACAAGCGCACACGCGACAGCCGGGGAUCAGUGACCUGAGCCCUGAAGCCAAGCUCAUGUGCGCAGACUGUUUUUACGGCGUGACGGGCGGCCUGAUUGACGUUUUCCUCCCCAAUGAGCUGGAGGCGAUGCUCACUUCCACGACAGCGCUGCGACGACCGCAGCGCUCGAUAGCGGACCUGGUCGUGGCUAUUGGGUUACAGUGUGAAGCGUCGGGCGAUACCCACGACCGGGAAAUAUCCUGCUUUCGGGAGUCACAGGUCCAAGUGUUCUCGGGGAUGUUGGAGGACCCAGACAUUGACAUGGUCAGGACAUUCCUGAUCAUGUCCUUCUACCUGUUGGGCGAGUGUCGUCGCAACACGGCGUUCCUGUAUCUGGGCAUCGCGACGAGGGCAGCCGUGGCACUAGGCCUUCACAGUCGAGAGACCUACACGGACAUGAAUGACCCGAAGCAUCAGUUGAGGCUCCGCGUGUGGAUGAGUCUCCGUGUCCUCGACAUUGUUGUCAACUCCAUCCUGGGCCGGCCAGCGGCCACGGCGGGCGUCCACUCGGACCUACAAUCCCUCAUAGACAGCACGGUCGCAUCAUCCGACGACCGAGGCUUGAUUUGUCUCGGGGCGUCCUACCGCAUCGUGGCCUUGAUUAACAACAUUGUCGACACCAUGUACGACAAGAAGGAGAUUACCGUUCCCGCCGUCGAGGAGCAUCUGCGGCAGCUGGGACAAUGGAGCCAGGACCUGCCCGACUUUCUCCGGACAAGCCCGCAGCCAGACCAGGUGCAGGCGCCGGGCGUCAAGGACAAGGGGGCGAUUGGUCGUGUGCAUGUUUCGUGUCUGUACUACUUUGCCGUCACGAUUGUCACGAGACCGAUCCUCGUCGCCACGCUGGCGCAACAGCCCGCCAGUGGCCUUGUGCACACGCAGCUCGCGUCGGCGUGUCUCGACGCGGCCAUGUUCACGAUCCAGACGUGCUCCGGGGCACAGAAGCAUAAUCUACUGCUGGCGAAUAUGUGCAUUCUCAAAGCCAUCAUCUUCCCCGCUGGCCUCGUCCUCGGGUUUGAGAUCUUUGCAAAGGGGACGGUGGACUAUGGCAUCGAAUCCGCCUUCCACAACGCGCGCGACAUCCUCUCGUACCUGGGCCGGAAAUCACCGCAGGCAGCGCUGUACCACGACAUACUCACGUCUCUUGCGAAUGCCAUCACCGAGUACCGCCAGCGCGCGGUGGCAAAGGGGAGGAGCUCCUACGUGAGCAAGCUCUUCAACUUUGACCGCGCGCAGAGCAAUGCCCCGAUGGGUGGUGGAGAGGCCAGUACCACGUCGGUUCUGAGCGAGGGGCAGAUGGAUGGGAUCAUGGCCACGCUGUCGUUUGGGCAGAACACGCCCGUGGGCAAUGGGGAGCCGGGCGACCUGUUUAUGGACUGGGACAGUCUGGAUAUCUCGCAGUGGGAUAGCUUUCCGUACUUGUCGUGA